AUGUCCUCGUCCUGGCCGACGCUCUUCGUGCUCGUCAUAGUCCUUGUCCUCAUGGCUGUCGCCUGGUUCGGCACACGUAAAGGUCCAAACCAGACGCUGAUCCGCACGAGCCUCAUGCUCGCUCUGGCGUGCUGCUAUCUCAUGUGGGCCGUGACGUAUCUGGCGCAAGUGCAUCCUCUAGAACGACCACGGAAGUCACUGGUGGAGGAGUAA